AUGAAGUGCAUGAUUGUGACUACCGUCCUCCUGGGCCUCUUCCUGGCUCCAGCCCUCGGAGUUUUUGUUGGGCAACAAACUGGACAGCAGGUGUUCCCUGGGCAGGACGUGUUCCCUGGGCAGGAUGUCUUCCCCGGGCAGGAUGUCUUCCCCGGCAGGCCGGUGUUCCCCGGGCAGGAUAACUCUCAGAAUCCCAACCUGAACCAGCACACCACAGUCAUCGUGGGCACCCAAAUUCUGACCAUCAAAAGGCAGCUGCGUGUGGCAGUUAUCGACCAGAGGAGCACCCUGAGGCCAUGGAAAUCCAUCUGGAACUACCAGACGGGUGUGAUUGCCACCAAAGUGACAUCAGAGGGAGUUUGCUACAUUUCCACCAUGGACAGGAAGCUGAUGCCCACCUUUGAUGCUCUGCCCAGACUGGCUGAACAGAACAAGCUCCUGCAGGUUCAAGGAAGACCUUCAAAGGAGGUCAUCUACGUCAUCAAGAGACCCAUCAUCAACCUCCAGUCCUAUGGCCAAGAGAUCUCCACCCUGUGCAGAGGCCUCACAACCUACGAGACCUACGAAGUGUAUGGACCCCAAUACACUGUCAACCAGGGAUCAUGCUCCAGAUUCGAUGUCCUCCACAUUCUGGACCUUGUCUACUGCCGUGCCAACAACAAGGCCUAA